GGUGCGGGAGCAGCGCUGGCGCCGGGGACGCUCGGGUGGCGGCGGCGGUCGGCGGGAGCGCGCGCGGCGGGACCAUGAGCGACAGCGGCGAGCAGAACUACGGCGAGCGGGAAUCCCGUUCUGCUUCCAGAAGCGGAAGUGCUCAUGGGUCUGGCAAGUCGGGCAGGCACACGCCGGCAAGAUCACGCUCUAAGGAGGACUCGAGGCGUUCCAGGUCAAAAUCUAGAUCCAGGUCUGAAUCCAGAUCUAGAUCGAGGAGGAGUUCUCGUAGACACUACACAAGAUCCCGCUCUCGUUCCCGCUCUCACAGGAGAUCCAGAAGUAGGUCUUACAGUCGGGACUAUCGGCGGCGACACAGUCACAGCCAUUCCCCCAUGUCUACUCGCAGACGUCAUAUUGGAAACAGGGCAAAUCCUGACCCAAAUUGUUGUCUUGGCGUGUUUGGAUUGAGUCUGUACACCACAGAAAGGGAUCUGAGAGAAGUUUUCUCCAAGUAUGGUCCAAUUGCUGACGUUUCCAUUGUGUACGACCAACAGUCACGGCGUUCAAGAGGAUUUGCAUUUGUGUACUUUGAAAACGUCGAGGAUGCUAAGGAAGCUAAAGAACGUGCCAAUGGAAUGGAGCUGGAUGGAAGGAGGAUCCGGGUAGACUUCUCCAUAACAAAAAGACCUCACACACCAACCCCUGGUAUCUACAUGGGAAGACCAACUUAUGGCAGCUCACGACGACGAGAUUACUACGACAGAGGGUACGAUAGAGGAUAUGAUGAUCGUGACUAUUACAGCAGAUCAUAUAGAGGGGGCGGAGGAGGUGGAGGAGGAGGUUGGAGAGCAGUCCAAGACAGGGAUCAGUUUUACAGGAGAAGGUCCCCGUCCCCGUACUAUAGCCGUGGGGGCUACAGAUCUCGCUCCAGAUCUCGGUCCUAUUCACCUCGUCGCUAUUAAAGCAUGACAUGUAGAGGAAUUUCUAGUUGCAGCCUUUGAGUUGAAAUUGCAAGUUUGUGGACAAUAUUUUUUUAUUGUCUCUUCUGUUUAAAAACAAGUGAACAGUGCCUAGUGAAUAGGUGACUUUUACACCUUUUAUGAAGACUACUCUUUCCGUGAUGUUAAAUGCUGUUUCAUUCUGCAUAUUUGUGUAGUUUGGUGCUUUGUUUCAGUUUGUGUUUUGAAGAGUAUGUUUUGCAUGUAUUUUUUUAGUCUCCAUUUUGACUUCCUGAAAGGUUUCUAUUGUAAAAACAGACUGUUCAGUUAGUUUUUCUACUGACUCCAAGGUAUUCUGAAGAUCAAAACCUGUGUAAAACACUUUCAAAAAGUUGAAAAAAAAAUAAAAUACUGUUUUUUUCCUACUUACUCUUGCCAAGUAUAAAUGUCAGUUGUAAACGUUCUACAACACUACCUUCUUACGUGGUAUUCCCGAAGGCGUAGCACGGAGGCCAGAAAUAAAAU